AAAAAAAGGAGUUGUGCCUAAUUCUACCUAAAUUGACAGUAGAUACCUCAAGUGCCUUAGCUUUUCAAAUAAAAACUCUUUUCUGAUUGGCCAAUAUCUAAAUCUUCUCUCCACUUUCUCAGCUUAUCAGCCCUGUCCUUGUGAAGCUUCGCGAAUCUUGGGGAUCUAUGGAGAACAUUGUAAGGUAGGUAGUUAAGUACUCAGCCAAAAAUUUGGCAAGUUGACGAACACAGCCUAAGAAUACAAUACCUCCGUAAAGGCGCUGUCUAAAAAUUUCAACAUAUCCAGUAAUUUCAACAUCUAGCACUGACAUCUAAAAUCGGCAUCAAAAUCUUCAAGGCGAACCAAUCGCUCGGUACUCAGAACCUUGUCUCAGACAACGUAAAACGACGUAAUCUACCAAACUUCAGCAACCUCCCUUGCUUGUCCUCAGCUCUCCCCGCGGCCGAAGAGAAAAGGGAAAUCUUGACUUAACCAUUCAAAUUACCACCACCAUUUUUUCCUCACAAGAAAUACCCGACCAAGGGUAGAAAAGAAACCGCAAAAAUGGCAGGAGAAAAAGGCCUAAACGAGCUGCUAAAAUGGAGCAUCGAAAACUCCGCAGAGGCCGACCCCUCGGCCCCCGAAUCCGCCGCGCCCCGGUCAACGCUGAGCCCGGAAGCACUCGCCGCAAUCAUGGGCGGGCCGUCCGACGCGGAGCUGAUGCAGGCGGCCGUCGAGCACAUCACAUCCAGCGACCCAGAAAUCACGCUCGAGUCCAAGCUGACAGCCUUCGACAACCUAGAGCAACUAGUCGAGUCGCUCGACAACGCGAACCUCUUGUCGAAGCUAGGGUUGUGGACGCCGCUGCUCGAGCUGCUGGCCCACGAGGAGGACCAGCUGCGGCUUAUGGCGGCGUGGUGCAUCGGCACCGCCGUCCAGAAUAAUGCGCCCACCCAGGAACGCCUGGUGGCGCUGGGCGGGGUGGAGAAGCUUGUGAGGAUGGCGCUUGGGGACCGGUUGCCGGUGGAGAAGCGCGCGGGUGCUGGGGAGGAGACGACGGCGGCGGCGGCGGAGGAGGAGAGUGCUGCUGCUGCUGCCGAUCAGGGAGAGACGAAGGAUGUGCGCCGCAAGGCUGUCUAUGCGCUCAGCUCCGCCGUGAGAAAUUACCAGCCCGCUUUAGACGCUGCCGCCAAGGAGCUGCGGAAGAGGGGCGAGGAAGUCCAGGAGGGUAUUGACGCAGCGGAUAUGGAUGCGGUGGACGGGCUGAUUAACGGAUUGAAGCAGAGGGCUUUGAAUGCAUAAGGUUCGAUGGUUAUGGGGUAUGGGACAAUGGCAUCAUCGGCGUUGGUGGGCACAUCUGGGUCAGUCAAAAAAGGGGGAUCUACGUGGUCAUGAUACACUUAGAGAUAGUCACGGGUUUCUACAAUCGUAAAACACGAAACAGCAUUAACAUUAC